CGGGAGGCGCCCGGACCUCUGAGCCGGGGCACCGGGGGGCGGUGCUAGGCGGCUGCACGCGCCGCGCGCGGCGGGAAGAUGGCGGCGGUGAAAGGGCUGGAGACGGGCCUGAGGGUGGCGGGCGCCGCCGCGGCGCGGCCGGAGCGCUUCCUCAGUGUGCAAGAUGGACUGGCUGCUGACUUCAGAGCAUUAACAAAGACUCUCUAUGAUUUGAAUAAAGCUCUGGGGAGUUCUGGGGGUUCUCUAAAAGAACUGGUGAUAGAAAAUUUUGAUGAGGAGCAGAUUUGGCAACAACUAGAGCUCAGGAACAAUGCAGUUCUCGAUUUCUUCAAGAAAUCCAUUGCAAGGGAUGCCGAGGAUGAAGAUCUUUGCCUUCUCUCAGACCAGGAAGAGGAUGGCUCUGAUGCAGAAACCAGCAGCGACAAGGAAUUGGAAGACAACAUAAUGGAAGCAGAAACUGAACAGAAGGAUGUUAAUACAAGCCAUAAAACUAAAGCUAAAGAAAGGCAAAGUAAACUCAAAGAAAGUUUAAAGCAGAAAUACAGUGAUGAGGAUUCUGAUAUUGACUUUGAUAUUGAAGCACUGGAGCAACAAACUAAAAUAGCCAAGGAAACCACAUUGAAAAAAAUUGGAAGAAAAUCCAUAGUGGAUGACAAGUUUUUCAAGCUGGCUGAGAUGGAAGCUUUUUUAGAACAUGCAGAGAAGGAAAACGAGGAGGAGGAAGAAGAAGAUAUUAAUUAUUUUGAAGACAUCUUCUCAGAUGAUGAGGAAGAAGAAGAGUCUGAAGAAGCUAAAGCCAAACCAAUUAAAAGUUCUAGAGACUUGACAUACAAAGAUUUCUUUGAUCCGGUUGAUGACGAUGGUUUAGUAGCUAAUGACGUUGAAGAUGAUCAGGAAGAAAAAGAGGAAGCAGACAGUGCUAUUGAAGAGGAGAAUGAGGAAAGCAUGUCUGAGAUCGAGGAUAUGAAUGAAUUGAUGAUGGAGAACAUGGGAAGUAAAGAAGCCUCUAAAAGAGUUACUUUCAGUUUGCCAGAUGACAGUGAAGCAGAAGAUGUUACUGAUAUGCAAUUAGAGAAGGGCAUUGAUCCCAGUGAAAUAAAGUCUUCUUUUGAGAAGAGACAGGAAAAGAUGAGCAAGAAAAUAAGAAGUUUAGAAGAACAGUUGUUAGAGGAGAAACCUUGGCAGCUUAAAGGAGAAGUGACUGGACACAAACGACCUGAAAACAGCCUUUUGGAGGAAACAGUACUUUUUGACCAUGCAGUCCGAAUGGCACCUGUGAUCACAGAAGAAACUACUUUUCAGCUUGAAGAUAUCAUUAAACAGAGAAUAUUGGAUGAGGCAUGGGAUGAUGUAGUACCGAAAGAGAAACCACAAGAAGAGGCUUUUGAAUACAAGAAACGUCUGACUUUGGAUCAUGAAAAGAGUAAACUGAGUCUUGCCGAGAUCUAUGAGCAAGAAUACAUGAAACUUCACCAGCAAAAGACUGAAGAGGAAGAAAAUCCUGAACACAAAGAAAUUCAGGAAAUGAUGGAUUCACUCUUCCUGAAGCUGGAUGCACUUUGUAACUUCCACUUCACACCCAAACCACCUGUGCCAGAAGUUAAAAUAGUUUCGAACCUUCCAGCUAUAAGUAUGGAAGAAGUAGCACCAGUUGCUGUUAGUGAUGCUGCUCUCUUAGCGCCAGAGGAGAUUAAGGAAAAGAACAAAGCUGGUGAUGUUAAAACAGAUGCAGAAAAGACUCCCACAGACAAAAAACGAGAACGAAGAAAGAAAAAGCUUCGUAAACGUAUGAAGUUAAGAGAAAAGGAGAAACGUCAAAAGCUUCUUGAAAAGAUGAAACCAGAACAAGGCGCAAAACUUAGCAAAAAAGCAGCUGCAGCAAAAUUAAAAAAGCUUACAAAAGAAGGCAAAGCAUCUCUGCUCAAGGAUGAAGGGAAGGACAAGGUCUUGAAGUCAUCCCAGGCCUUCUUUUCUCAACUACAAGAUCAAGUGAAAAUGGAAAUCAAAGAUGCAAACAAAUUAAAGAAGAAACAGAAGAAGCAGAAAACACUCUCUGUUCAUAAACUAAAAUUGUAAUUUACCUUUUUAUAUAUGUUGCAUCCUGUAUAUAUUAAAAGGUUUCUACAUAAAUGCUGAAUUUGA